GACUUAACACUAUAAAAUGUGGUGCUUAAUUAUGUCAUAGUUUAACGUUUACAAUGGAGAAGUAUCUUGUCCUUCUUUCUUUCGCUGCUUUGAUAGCGUCUGUUUUUGGCUGCUGUUGGCCGUCAGAAUUCGAGGGAUUCAGUGGGUCCAGUCUAAAAGCUGACAAUUCACCGGCUAUAUCGGGUUUCUAUGCAAUUGCCGUCAGCAAAACGAAGAAGAAAAUUUAUUCAUCUGGAAAAGUGUUCGCCAAUGGCAAACAGUAUUCAGUAACAACAUUGUUUGAUUAUACCAAGGGCAAGAAGUACUUAGUGGUAGAUAACAGAUGCUUCACAUCAGCUAUUUCUAGUAGUAUGACAGGAUGUUUGAAUCCCAAGGCAAAGUUCACAGUUUCAUCGCAUUAUGGAAUUGCUUCCAGUCCCAAGCUUUCAGUAAAGAUAUAUUCAUGGUCAGAUGCUUUGGACUACAAAACUGCGAUUGUAGUAGAUAUAGGUUCUGGACAGUGUGUACUUCAAGCAAUAUCCGGUUUUUCAACUAGUGCUCUCAGUAAUACUGGCUAUAUUGGCCUGAAAAGAGGAGUCUCCAACCCUGCAGUCUUUAAUAUCCCUGCUCCUUGUCCAAAGACAGAAGGCUAUAUGAAUGAGGAACCAGACCACCUGAAAUUUGUUCCACAUCACAAUUGGCUAUAAGAAUCAGAGUUUAAAUAGUUGACAAUCUUUAUCUAAAAAGAAUUGGAUUUAAAUAAAGUCAAUGUUAACCGAA